ACUGAUCUUGUGGAAUCUCAGGGACCCGAAUCAUUUCCCAAAGUCCAGGAAGGUGAGUGACCUCUGUAACGCAGCAGAUGGCGUCUCGUGCGCAAUUGACUGGGCUUUUAGUUUGAAGGCGAGAAGCGGAAGUUGUCGUUGGCGGCUCAUUGACGACGGCAGCGGCGGCGGGGAGCUGAGCACCGGAGGGAGGCGGCCGGUGAAUGAUUCACAGCGUUCCAGUUUUUCACGUACCACCUGUUCAACGCUAAACAAACCGAGCGAGAGAGAGAGAGAGAGAGAGAUCGAGUGGGAGAGAGAGAGAGAGAGAGAAAGAGACGAGACGCUGCGAGCGGAAAUGCCCCGCAGUGUCUGACCGGUGCCGCCGUGCGGAUGAUAAACAACUACAUAAGCUCAGAGGGGACAAAAAAGACGCGACCACGCCGCAGCAGUCUGGACUGAGCAGGUCAGGUGUCGUGAGAGGCGAAACCUCAAGAGCUGCAGCCAUGUUGUCGGCAGAGGAGAUUCUGUGCAACACACAGCAGGUGAUCGCAGGGCUGGAGGCGCUGAGGGGGGAGAAUCGCAGUCUGCUGGAGAGCUUGCAGGAGGCGAUGGGGAGCCGCUCGGUGUCGGAGAGCGGCAGCGUGGAGCAGGAGAAGAGCGGCAUCAUCCACCAGUCGCUGGAGAGGAUAGAGCUGGGGCUGAGCGAAGCACAGGUGAUGAUGGCGUUGUCGGCCCACCUGGGAUCACUGGAGGCAGAGAAACAAAAGCUGCGAGCUCAGGUGCGUCGUCUCUGUCAGGAGAACCAGUGGCUGAGGGACGAGCUGGCUGGUGCUCAGCAGCGGCUGCAGGACAGGGAGCAGGACGUUGUCACCCUGGAGGAGCAGAACAGACAUUUGCAGUUCAUGUCCUCAAUACGCAAAUAUGACCAGGAUGAGCCGCAGCUGGAUGAUAAAGACACGUCCUCCAACAAGGAGUCUCUGGACGAUCUCUUUCCUACGGAUGAUGAGGAACAGUCACAGAUGUCCCAGCCUCACCACAGCAGUGCAGCAGCUGCAGCCCAGCAGGGCGGCUACGAGAUCCCCGCCCGCCUGCGAACGCUACACAACCUCGUCAUCCAGUACGCGUCCCAGGGACGAUACGAAGUCGCUGUACCGCUCUGCAAACAGGCUUUGGAAGACCUGGAGAAGUCGUCAGGCCACACCCACCCAGACGUAGCCACCAUGCUGAACAUUCUGGCACUGGUGUAUAGAGACCAAAAUAAAUACAAAGAAGCAGCCAGCCUGUUGAACGAUGCUUUGGCGAUCAGGGAGAAAACUCUUGGGAUGGACCAUCCGGCUGUGGCAGCAACGCUCAACAACCUGGCAGUGCUUUAUGGGAAAAGAGGGAAAUACAAGGAAGCAGAGCCCCUGUGUAAACGAGCCCUGGAGAUCAGAGAGAAGGUCCUGGGGAUCGACCACCCAGAUGUGGCCAAGCAGCUGAACAACCUGGCCCUGCUGUGUCAGAACCAGGGGAAGUACCAGGAGGUGGAGCAGUACUACGAACGCGCCCUGCACAUCUACCAGAGCAAACUGGGACCAGACGACGCCAACGUGGCCAAGACCAAGAACAACCUGGCGUCAUGCUAUCUGAAGCAGGGGAAAUACAGACAGGCUGAGGCGCUUUAUAAAGAGAUCCUGACCAGAGCACACGAAAAGGAGUUUGGAUCUGUAGAAGGCGAAGGUCGGCCCAGCUGGUCCGGAGCAGAGGACGGCGGCCCAAGACAGGACGGACUCAGUAAUCUGAAGCGCAGCGGCUCCUUCACCAAACUCCGAGAGUCGAUCCGCCGAAGCAGCGAGAAACUAGUCCGGAAGCUGAGAGGAGUCGGAAUUGAAGAAGCAACUCCGAGGAAUGCUGGAAUGAAGAGGGCAAACUCUCUGAAUGUGUUGAAUGUUGGAGGCAGAGAGAGUCAAGAUGGAGCCCAGUCAAGUCGUUUGAAAGAUAUCCGAGGCCUGAGCUCCAGCACGCAGAGCCUGACGAGACGAGGUUCACUCGGUGGGACCAGCUAACACACACACACACACACUCACACAAUUCUAUCUUUGCGAGGACACAUCUUGACAUAAUGCAUUCCCUAACCCCUUACCAUAACCCUUAAGCUAAUUGUAUCCUGAAACCUGAAAGACUUAACUCUUUGAAGUUGCGAUGACCAGUCAAAAUGUCCUACUCUCCUUAAGGGUCUUUAACUCAGACUGAUCAUCAAACACACAUUCUACAUGAAACCAACUCCUCUCAGAGACGGCUGGACAGGUGUUCAUGCUCUGACUGUCACAAGAUAAAAAACCCACAGCCCUGAAUCGAUUGCUUUAUUCAGACGACCUCCACAAAAGUUAAUUCUCCACUUUGAGUCCCCUCAAGACAAACUAAGAGUGCGGUCACAACUGACAAGUGAUUGGAGACUUUGACAAAAGCUAACACGCAUAUUUUGUAAUCACUCUAAUGACUGUACAUAAAGAUGGACGCCACAUCUCCACUCCCUGCCACUGUACAGAAAUGGAACCAUAAUAUCUCGGAUCCAUGGAGGAGGCAGGGUUUAUGACCUACACUGCAGCCAGCCUCCAGGGUGAUCCAGAUGUUCUGGCGUCAGACAUCCAUCUAUAUGUACAGUCUUUGCAAUCACUCAGAAAGUAAUGAGAAAUGUACGUUUUCUGUGCAGCAAAAAUGUCUUUUUAAAGUAAUUUAAAAGAAAAUGAUGAGUCUCAUGACGACUUUACCUUGACACAUUUGCGUUGCACUGUGAUGUUUCCUUCCCGUUCACUUGAAAUUAACAUUCCUUCCUUGGUUUAGAUGAGAAACAAAUAGUUUCCUCAUUACAAGUUAACUAUUAACUCAAAGGAUAAACAAUAUGGAAACUGUUUAGUUGAACACAAAUACAACUUAAAAUACUACCAACAUUAUCACUGUAUGAAUGCUUUUACGUAAAGUUUACAUAAACCAGGCCGUUAUUUAUGGGUUACAUAAAGUUAAAGGUAAUCUGUAUUUAAAUGAAUUUAUGGCUGUGUCCCUCAUACUGGUGUACCCUUUGGGUACAUUUUUAUUAACACUGAAAAAUUAUUUAUGUUGUCAAUAAAAUGUUAAGUUUAACAGGUAUUGACAUUACAGAUAAUCUUUUUAAAAACAAUGUCAGAGAGUCUUUUUGAGGAGCACAGGGACCUUAAGUUAUUUGUGAAAUGAUCAAAAAUGUGUUUGAGAAUGUAAAUGUUACAUUUGGUUUACAUGGGGAAUGUUAGGCUAUCUAAUUUAUACUGUUAAAAUACAUUUAUUUUAAUGUGAUAAAUGCUUCCGCCUUUAAAAUGUGCAGGUUAUCCGAUUUAUAUUAAAUAUUUCCAGAUGAUAAUCAUAAAAAUGCAAAUGUGUCUACUUUAGCUGUUUUGCACAACAAUACGUAAUUCCAUAUUGUGAAAAUAACGACCAACUUUUUUUAGUAACUUAACAAAUCCAACACCAGCUCUACAAAAAAAACUGCCCAUAUCUGACUUAUGUAGUCAAUCUGAAAAAUUUGAUAUUUUUUUUAUCAGACAGUUUGUCAUUAUCUGUUAAUAUACAUGAUAUAUAUGGGUUCCAAAAAUCUAUAUGGGUUCCAAAAAUCUAAAUUUCCUUAUUAAUGUUCCUAUUAGUAGACAGAAUGUCUUAUGUUGAGUUUUUAACCACCUAUUCUUGUCAGAUCAUAGUUUUAAGCUAUAUGUACACCCAAAGUUAUUGUGUGCCUGAGUCAAAGUCGUUUUGAUGACUUUUAACUAGCCUUGGAUUGAAGUGAAGCGACUCACUUGAACUAAGCGUCGGUUUGCUCAAAAUGACUCUGCAGAUGCUCCGAUCAGCCCAGAGCCAAAAGGCAGAGAUUUGCUAAAAGUUAGUGCUUCAUACUGUUCAUUAGCAAUGAAACUGGAGUUAGGAGAUUGAAUACUGGACUAGAGGGAAGCAAACAGGACUCCAGGAGGAUUAACGUGGCAACAGGCACGGGAUGUGCAUGAAUAUAAGGACCGAAACUAUUCUAGAAGUUGCUUCUUUUUUUUUUUUUUUUUUUAGUUCAUCUGCCCCAAUGAACGCAGCUUAACAGAUUUCUGUGGCUACUUGGAGGCAACAAGAGAAAAAAAAACUGAACAACCAUUUCAUAUUAUCCACUUUUAGGUUGUAAACGUUAGCUUGUUAGCAAACAGUUAAACUUAUUUAUACAUGCAAGAGUUCCAGACCAACACUAUCUUUUAUUUGGAGUCAUGUAUUAAUAUGAUUUGUGUCCAUCAGCUCCUGAGGGAAACAUCUGGCUCUAGAGCUACUAAAUGCUCCAGGAUGUUCACUAGCUAGUCUUUAACUGUGUGUCUGUCUGCUGUUUGAAAAGUCACCAUUACAAGCUUUUAAUGUGACAUAGAUUUUUUUCAAUUACUUUUAAUUUGUUGUAGACAGAAUUACUUGAACUUGUUACUUUGGACUUAGAGUUUAAAAAAUGUCAUAACAUUACAUCAACACUGUAUGAAGAAAAAGGCUGAUUGCUACUUCCACUUCAUGUUCAUACGCAGAGCCGGCCCUGGCCUAUAUGGGGCCCUAAACAGAAUCUUUUCUCUGCACUAGGGCUGGGCGAAUAAAAGAUAAAGAUAAUUAUCGCGAAAAUAACUUUUCCUCAGGACAUUUUUUAAAAGAUGGAUCCGAGGAGAUAUUUUGGUUAUUUAAAGUCCGACAAGAAGCAGAGUCGAACCGUGCACUGCAAACUUUGUAUGAUUGCCAUUGACAUAAUGUCAAUGACAAAAUGUAUAUAAUAGAAUCAAUUUAAGAAAAAUAUCAAGCUUUCUUGUGGGACAUUUCAAGUGCUCUUGGGGGCCCCCUGGUGGCCACAGGGGCCCUAAGCAGCCACUUAGUUCGCUCAUGCCUCGGCCGGCCGUGUUCAUACGGGGUGAGCAAUAAAUAAUUCCAUACACACUCAACUUUCAGGAAUGAAUGAAACAGAUGCAAACAAGGGAGUGCUGCUGGGAUAUCUAGGCUCCCGGGAAAUUAUGUUAAACUGGACCCGCAUGGAUUUUAUUCCACUCUGCACUUCUUAUAGGGCUCACUUCCACUUUUUCUUGCUCUUUCAUUUAUAUCCUACUCUUCCAUGAUGGAAAACGACUGAUUGUACAUCAACUGUGGUAGAAGAAAUGACUGCUGAUUGUAGCAAGGGCUGAAAUGUUAGUUAUUGCAAAAGUUAUAUGAAGCACUUAAGAUGGUUACUUGUAAAUGAGAAAUACUAUGUAGGAAAUGGACCAUAUCUCCUGUGAUGCUGUUUUUUUCUGGUAAAUAUGAAUGUUUGUAUUUUAUAUUUGCAAACUUGAGCUGAAAUAAAUUACAGUAAGAUGUUAA